AAAAAAAAAAAAAGAAUAUCACUAAACCCUAAAAAUUGUGUCAUGAUUCACCAGUAGCAACCAACAGAAACGAUCUCUCUCCCCGCGCCAGUGAAUCAUGGAAGAAGCUCCACCACUUCCAGCUCCAGUUUCAGCACCACAAUCGUGCUGGAGCAGCGUCGUGAAGAAGGAGCCACCGCAACCGCAACCGCAACAGCCCCUGCCGUUGCCGACCGAGCUAGUGUUGGAAGACACCACCCGCAGUAAUGGCGGCAUCUCGGUGGCCGUCAUCGACGCCAACGCUAUCAUUGAAGCCGGCAAAAACCUCCAUGGCUUCGCCGACAAGUUUGUCUCCGUCUCGGAAGUCAUGCAGGAAAUCCGUGACCCCGUCUCUCGCCACAAGCUCGCUUUCCUCCCCUUCACCAUCCAAACCAUGGAACCCUCCCCUGAAUCCAUCAGCAAAGUUGUGAAAUUUGCUAGGGCUACUGGUGACCUACAGACUCUUUCUGAUGUUGAUAUCAAGCUCAUAGCUCUAACUUAUACUUUGGAGGCUCAGAUUCAUGGAACAAAGCAUCUCAGGGACUGCCCUCCUCCUGUGCAAGUGGUAAAUGUGAAGAGGUUACCCGAGAAGGACUUGCCCGGAUGGGGUACCAACGUGCCUAAUUUGAAGGAGUGGGAAGCGUUAGAACAGGAAGCGGAGGACAAGGCGAAUUCUACUUCAAGAAUCCUUCCUUUGCAGGACUUGAACUUGAACAUUGUUCCCCAGGAUGACGAACGCUCUGCAGAUGGUUUGGCGGAGCAUGCAAGUGAAACUCAUUCAGAAACUCAAGAGGGUGGUGAGGGUGGUUCAGUGAAGCCUAAGAAAUAUGUGUCUAAGAAAAAGGAGAUAAACAUUGAAGGGAAGGUUGUGGCUAAUGGAGUUGACGCGUCCCAAGGACAAUUUGAUGAUAAUGCUGGUGAUUGGUUGCCUGCGGUCAGUCGAAGUACUCAUAGGAGGUUUCUUAGAAGGAAAGCAAGACGGGAGCAGUCUGAAGCAUUAUCCAGUAAUCAAGAUCACCAAGAUUUGGAAGAAAACAUUGAUGGUAGUGUUGGUGAAGACGAUAGAGCUUCAGAUCAGCUUGUUCAUCAAAGUGAUGAAGAAAAUCAUAUUGAAAAUGUUGUAUCCCAGGAUGAUCAGAUAAUAGCGGAGAACAAAGACAAUGAAAUUCUCUCUGCUACUCUGAAGCAAAUGAGUCUGGAUGGUGAUGCAACUAUGUGCACUAAAUCAUGUGAGACAGAUACAGCAAAUGACCAAUCAAGUCACUUGGACAUUGCAAGCCAGACUAGCGAAGCAGCUGAUUUUUCAUAUGCAGAUGAUGAUGGUAGUGAGCAAAGUUGGAUGCUUAGAUCGUUGUCUGAGUCAAGUGUAGCCUGUAUUACUGGUGACUUUGCUAUGCAAAAUGUUCUUCUCCAAAUGGGUUUGCGCUUGCUGGCGCCUGGUGGAACACAGAUACACCAGCUGCAUAGAUGGGUACUGAAGUGUCAUGCCUGCUUCACUGUUACUGCUGAAAUCGGGAGGAUUUUCUGUCCAAAAUGUGGAAAUGGUGGCACCUUAAGGAAGGUAGCUGUCACUGUUAAUGAAAAUGGAAUAAUGUUAGGAGCCCGCCGACCUCGAGUUUCAUUACGUGGCACAAAGUUUUCGUUGCCUUUACCUCAAGGUGGAAGGGAUGCAGUCACAAAGAACCUUGUUCUCCGUGAAGAUCAACUUCCUCACAGGGUACUUUAUCCUAAAACGAAGAAGAAAGCCACACAGGACGAUGACUUCUUUACACCGGACAGUGUUUUUGGCCACCACACAGAUAAGAGAUCUCCUUUCCAGCCUCCCAUAAGGAAAGCAUUAGCAGUUUUCAGCGGCAGGAGAAACCCAAAUGACAAUCACUACUCACGCUCUAAGCGCAAGUAGUGGAUGUCUAAACUCUAAAGUAUUGAUUGGUGUACUUCCCACCCCCAAUUUUGUUUUUGUUGUUUCACUUUGAAUGUUACCUUGAAGUUUGUUAAGUUAUAGAAAUGGAUUGAUGUACGGAACAUGGUUAAAAGUAUGAUUCAGUUUGCACGUUGAGGCAGGAAAGCUACUGAUGGCUUUCAUUUGCCUGCUAGUAAAAUGUGAAGACAGCAUUUGUUUUGCACUGUACUGAUUUUAUUUUGGUGUCAAUGGCUAAUGCAUACCACAUAUUCAUGCGAA